AUGAAGUCCACGAUCCUCUCUGUCUUCGGCCUUGCCGCCACCGUUGUUGCUCAGAGCGCCGGUGACCUUCCCCAGUGUGGUCAAACCUGUGCCGGCAACAUGAUCAGUGCUGAGAAGUCUUCGGAGCUUGGCUGUGACACUGGUGAUCUUCAGUGUCUUUGCACUAACCAGAACUUCAUCUACGGUCUCCGUGACUGCUCUCGUGCUAUUUGUAACGAGGAGCAGGCCGCUCAGGUUCUGGAGUACGGUCUCUCUGUCUGCCGACAGGCUGGCGUUGCGAUCACCACCGGCGCUUCUGGCUCCGUCUCCGCCACACCCACUGCGACUGGCAUUGUCCGAACCGUCCUCAGCACCAUUGUUUCUGGUGACUCCACCAUCGUUUCUGCCGUUUCUACCAUCAGCGCUGCCGCUAGUGAGACCGAGGAUGAGGAGACCGUGUCCACCUACACCAGCGUCUUCACCAACUCUGAUGGUGAUGUUGUCACCACCACCGGCGAGACCACCAUCGGUGCCGCUAAGACUCAGGAGACUGUGUCCACUUACACCAGCGUCUUCACCAACUCUGAUGGUGAUGUUGUCACCACCACUGGCGAGACCACCAUCGGUGCUGCUAAGACUGAGGAGACUGUGUCCACCUACACCAGCGUCUUCACUAACUCUGAUGGCGAUGUUGUCACCACCACCGGCGAGACCACCAUCGGUGCCGCUGGUGCCCAAGUUACCACUUUCACCUCUGACGGUACCGAGAUCGUCCGAACCCUGGAGACUGAGACUGCCACCGGCGACGAGGACGAGAAGGUUACCACCUUCACCUCUGGCGGCACUAAGAUUGUCAGCACUCUGGUGACCAAGACUGCUACUGGUGAUGAGGAGGCCGAUGUCACCACUCUCACUUCCGAUGGCACUGAGAUCGUCCGAACUCUGACCACUAAGACUGUCAAGACUGGUUCCGCCACCGAGACUGAGGAUUCCACCGAGACUGGCGAGACCGGCGAGUCCAGUGAGACUGGUACUGCCACUGGCACUGGUGAGGCCAGCGAGACCACUAGCACUGGCAACGCUGCUGUUCCUCAGAUGACCGCUGCCCCUGCUGGCGUCCUUGCCGCCGCCGGUCUUGCUAUGCUCCUUCUGUAA